GUUGCUGCUGAAUGGGGAAAGGGGAAGGCUUCACAUCAGCAACUCCAAAGGGAAUCCUUGCAGCCGGAUCCUAGGAAGGCUUACUCGCAAAUUUGGCUCCGCCACGGAAUGUAAGAGAGACUGUGAUGGGGACAGAGAAAGGGCCCACCUCCAAAGAAAGGUUGGAGAUUUUCUCAAGAGGAUCUCCAGAGAGUAUUUCAUUCCCAGAUGAGCUGGCUGUGACAGGAAAUGAUCAGAGGAAUUAGGAACAUGAGGAACUGCAUCAUCUAUUGCCAGAUGUAGUCAAGAAUGAAGAUGUGAGAGGAAACUUCAGAAAUCAAGGCAGAUGUAAGAGGCAAAAAGGAAGCCACGGGUUCGAGAGGAGGGAUAAACCCAUUCCUUGCAAAGGAGGAGAUGUACAAGAAAUAAUUCACAAGGUGGAGGAAACAUACAAGUGCUUGGCGUGCGGAAUGAACUUCUCAGAUCAAACCCAAUAUAAUGUCCAUGUAGGAAUGCACAGUGGAAAGAGAACCCAUCAAUGCCUGGAGUGUAGAAAGAGCUUCCUUUGCGGAGCAGAACUAAUUAGACAUCAAAGAACACAUACAGGAGAGAAAUCUUAUAGCACUUCACUCUGUGGCAAGAGCUGCACAGAGAAAUCGGACUCUGUUCAUUCAGGAGAGAAACCAUCUGUCUCCUCAGAGGGUAGAAUGACAUUCUCUGAUGAAAGAAAAGGUAAUGUACAUUUUCGGAAGCACAGAGUAAUAAAGGCACGCAAGUGCUUUCAUUGUGGAAAGUACUUCAAAUACAGGUCAGAGCUCCUUGUGCACCAAAGAAUCCACAGAGGGGAGAAAUCUUCUGAAUACUCAGAGAGUGGAAAGGGAUUGAGUCAGGUUGGCACUCUUCAUCAGCGUCAAAGGGGACACACAGGGGACAAACCAUUCAAAUGUUCAGAAUGCGGAAAGAGCUUCAGUGGGAGUGGCAAACUUAAACAGCAUCAAAGAACCCACACAGGGGAGAAACCUUUUGAAUGCACAGAGUGUGGAAAGUGGUUCAGUCAGAGUGGCCAUUUUCAGCAACAUCUACGAACUCACACCGGGGAAAAGCCAUUUGAAUGCUCAGAGUGUGGAAAGAGCUUCACCUGGAGAUACCAACUUCAACACCAUCAGAAAACCCACACAGGUGAGAAACCUUUUGAAUGCUUAGUAUGUGGAAAGAGAUUCAAUCGGUGCGUCAAUCUUAAGCUGCAUCUAAGAAUCCACACAGGGGAGAAACCUUUUGAAUGCACAGAGUGUGGAAAGUGUUUCAGUCAGAGUAGCAAUCUUCAGUGUCAUCUAAGAACCCACACAGGGGAGAAACCAUUUGAUUUUUCAGAGUGUGGAAAGAGCUUCACCUGGAAAGACCAACUUCAACACCAUCAGAGAACCCACACAGGAAAGAAACCUUUAGAGUGCACAGAGUGUGGGAAGAGAUUCAGUCUGCCUGGCAGUCUUCAACAGCAUCUAACAGCCCACAUUGGGGAGAAACCUUUUCAGUGUUCAGAGUGUGGGAAGAGAUUCAGUCAGACUGACACUCUUAAACAGCAUCAAACAACACAUAUAAAGGAUAAACCAUUUGAAUGCUCAGAGUGUGGGAAAGGAUUCACUGAAAGUGGCAAUCUUCAGCAGCAUCUAAGAACCCACACAGGAGAGAAACCUUUUGAAUGCUCGGUAUGUGGAAACAGAUUCAAUCGGAGCAGCAAUCUUAAGCAGCAUCUAAGAAUCCAUACAAGGGAGAAACCUUUUGAAUGUUCAGAGUGUGGAAAGAGAUUCACUGACAGUAGCAGCCUUCAACAGCAUCUAAGAACUCACACAGGGGAGAAGCCUUUUGAGUGCUCAGAUUGUGGAAAGAGAUUCAGUCAGAGUUCCAUUCUUCAGGUGCAUAUAAUAACCCACACGGGGGAAAAACUUUUUGAGUGCCCUGAGUGUAGAAAGUGGUUCAGUCAGAGUGACCAUUUUCAGCAGCAUCUAAGAACUCACAAGGAGGAGAAACCAUUUGAACAUUCAGUGUGUGGAAAGAGCUUCACCAGGAAAGACCAACUUCAAAACCAUCAGAGAACCCACACAGGGGAGAAACCUUUUGAAUGCUCAGUGUGUGAAAAGAAAUUCCGUAGCAGUGGCUAUCUUCAACUGCAUCAAAGAACCCACACAGGGGAGAAACCAUUUGAAUGCUCAGAGUGUGGAAAGUGUUUCAGUCAGAGUGGCAAUCUUCAGCGGCAUCUAAGAACCCACACAGGGGAGAAGCCUUUUGAGUGCUCAGAGUGUGGGAAAAGAUUCAGUCAGAGUUUCAAUCUUCAACUGCAUACAAGAACCCACACAGGGGAGAAACCUCUUGAGGGUUCUGAGCAUGGAAUGAGAUUCAGCCAGCGUGGCAAUCUUCAACAGUAUCUUAAGGCCCACACAGGGGAGAAACCUUUUGAGUGUUUAGAGUGUGGAAAGAGAUUCAGUCGUAGUAACAAGCUUAAACAGCAUCUAAGAACCCACACAGGGGAGAAACCUUUUGAAUGCUCAGAGUGUGGGAAGAGAUUUAGUGACAGUAGCAGUCUUAAGCUACAUCAAAGAACCCACACAGGGGAGAAGCCUUUUGAGUGCUUAGAGUGUGGGAAGAGAUUUAGUCAGCGUUCCAAUCUUCAGCUGCAUAUAAGAACUCACACAGGGGAAAAACCUUUUGAAUGCUCAGAGUGUGGGAGGCGAUUCAAUCAGAGUGGCCAUCUUCAGAAGCACCUAAGAACUCACACAAGGAGAAACUAUGUAAUUGCUUAGCCUGUGAAAAGAGCUUAUCUCCUAUUUCACACCUGAAAGAUGGCAGACUAUACAAUGCAUUAAAAUGAUGUAAAGUGUUGUAAAAAGCUGGAAUCUCCACAGAAACCUUAUGCUACUUGGGAAGAAAUGUUAUAAAUUCUGGGAAUGUGGAAAGAGCUUUAGCCAUAUUUGAGAUCAGAUCCCACAGGGAAGAAAGCAAUGAUGGGCAUUGCAUGUCGAAGGAUCAGCUGACAUGUCUUUAGCAUUGAGGAGGCCACCCAGGGGAGGAACGUCUUUAGUACUAAGUGCAUGGCAAGAGCCUGAGGCGCAGAUCCGACUUUCAUGUUCCUCAGAGAAUCCAUAUGAGGGUGAUCUUUUCUAGAAAUACCUGGUUCUAAUGAGAAACUUCUUCAAAUGGUCAGGUGUUGGAAAUUCAAAAAGGCACAGAGUUACUCAAAGAGGGCCUUUUUAGUGGUUGCCCUCUUCUGUGAAACUUGGUUCUUCAGUCUAUCUGCUAAGCUGACUUUUUUGACAUCUGCAAUUUUAAAGUACUGGCUAUUAUAAACAAAGCAUUAAUGUACUGGCUGUUACAUAUAAAGCCCUUCAUGGUCUUGGACCCUCUAUUUGUGAGAUCGCGAGGAUCCACAACAGCUACGCUCAUCUAUUUGCAGGAUCUAAUCUGCCAAUGGGCAAAAUCCACAACCAACUGUACAUAUGCCUUCUCUGUUGUGGCCCCCCAUGUUAAGGAAUGGCUUGCCUGGAAAAGUCAGAAAGGUUCCUGCUCUUCUGGCUUUCUGCAAACUAUGCAAACCAAUGAUUCAAGAGAGCUUUUCUAUACAUGCAAUAGAGUUGCACUAUACUAAAUGAUGCACAAAAUUAUUUGGAUAAAUGGUCUAUGCUGCUGUGUUUAGAUUACUGGAAUUAGGAUCCGACUGUGUAAUUUUUGAAUAAUUUAAUGCAUCAUGUGAA